AUGACGUCCGGGGUCACGAGACCCCGGCGCUUCAUUCGUCUGACUCGGUCUCUGCGUGACGAUCUGGCAGUCUGGGCCUCCAUCCAGGCCAUGUAUAAUGGCAGGUCCUACUGGCAGGUGCUUCUUUGUCUUAUAAUCCUUUAUAUUACACCUGUGAGCAGCAAUUCAGCCACCGCAUGCAGCCUACAACUAAUACGGACAUAUGAAGACUUUGAGUAUUUUAAAAAUGGGGACAUUAUUAUCGGUGCAGUGAUGAGUGUGAAUUCAUAUAUACGCACUAGAUCUUUUCAGGAGCCCAUGGGACUCCAGGAUACCAUAAUCGGGUUAUUAGUUAAGAGUUAUUUAAAUCUUCUUAAUUUUAUUUUUGCCAUCGAGAGGAUGAAUGCAAUGAAACUCAUUUCGCGAAACAUCACGCUGGGAUAUUAUGUAUUUGAUUCAUGUACAGACGCAAGGAAAGCUGUAAGAAGUGUUCUACAGAUUCUCUCUGGGCCAAGAAAGACUGUUCCUAAUUAUUCCUGUAUGGAUCAUAACAAACUGGCUGGUUUUAUCGGUGAUCACCAUUCACUAACAACAAUCCCUUUAGCUGAGAUUCUGAGUGUGUAUGGCUAUUCACAGAUCAGUUACGGGACAACAGACUAUGUUCUAAAUGAUAGACAUCUGUAUCCAAACUUUUUCAGAAUGCUUCAAAAUUACAACGUCUAUUAUAAAAUUAUUUGCCAGCUUCUGAAGCACUUUGGCUGGACUUGGGUUGGAAUAGUGGCAUCAUAUGAUGAUACUGGAGAGACAGAAGAACUGGCUUUGAAGAAGUAUAUGGCUUAUUAUGGUAUUUGUGUGGCAUUUACUUUGAAAAUUAGUUAUUCUGCAUUAAGUCAUGAUCUAGAAAACACAAGAAGAAAAAUAAACGCUAUCCAAAAAUCAUCUGCAAAUGUUAUCAUUGUUUAUGGCUCAGCUAAUUACAUAGUUCUCAAGACUUUACUAAUUGGACAUGACGUAUUCAAAGACAAGACAUUUGUUUUUCCUCCUUCCUGGACGUCUAAUGAUUUUCUAACAGAUUAUUCUAUAAACAUUUUUGAAGGAAGCUUGUACAUAGAACUCUAUCCUCUGCCGCUACCUGAUUCAGGAAGUUUUUUUAAAUGUAUACACCCCUCAAAAUGGCCAAAUGACAAACUUCUUGAAAAUAUAUGGAUAGUAGAAGUGGGUUGUUUGUCACCAAAUGCCUCGAAGAACAGAUUUUAUGAAACGGUCUAUGGAACCACUCUUAGAAAUUGUACUGGAAAUGAACCUUCAAUAAAUGCUCAGGAUCAUCUGCAUAAGGGAGUUUCUCCUCGGGUGUAUUUUGCAGUCUUAGCCAUGUCUUAUGCUUUGCGUGAGAUGCACAAAUAUCUCAAAAGACAUUUCAUUGGGAAAGAAAAGAACGCUGCCAAAGCCCUAAAGCGUAUUAAGCAAGGUAACCACUUUGUGGCAGAUUACGCUAUUGAAUUCCGUACUCUGGCUUCUGAGACUUAUCAUGGGCAUGUGAAACAAGUGUUGCAAACAUUACUCAGAAAUGGGUUGUAUUGCAAACUUGAGAAAUGCCGGUUUGAUCAGACAGAGGUGCAGUUCUUAGGCUAUAUAAUUUCAACCUCUGGUUUUCAGAUGGAUCCACGUAAACUAGAAGCUGUUCUGUUUUGGCCAUUACCUAAUUGGUUUAAAGUGAUCCAAAGGUUUAUUGGGUUUGCUAACUACUGCUGGAGAUUCAUAAAGGGAUUCUCUACAGUAAUAGCUCCAAUUACCAACCUGACAUGGGCUCUAAGUUUGUGUCACGGUUUUGGAGAACUGGUAUCAUUUUCAUCUUCCUUUUGUCCUCAAACCAAUGGUGUAGCCGAAAGGGAUAACCAAUCUUUGGAACAGUAUUUACGGUGCUUUACAAAUAGCACACAGGAGAACUGGUCAGAUCUACUGCCAUGGGCCGAAUUUGCUAGGAAUAAUGCUACCCAUGAUUCCGCUGGUCUAAGUCCAUUCUUUGUCAACAAUGGUUGUCAUCCCACUAUCCUCCCUGCUGUAUUCUGUGGUAAUGCUAUUCCUGCAUUGGAUGAUCAUCUCGCUUAUAUAAGGGAUACUUGGACUAAGGUCCAUACAGCGUUGGAGACAGUACCUGCUCAUUUCAAAUUUCAGGAUGAUAAGCGGCAUGGUGCCAACCCUGUUUACCAACUUUAUCCGUUUAUUAAACAUCUCACAGCUAUAUUUCAAAACAAUAAAACCUUCUUUUUUGAUGAACAAGGCGAGUUUCCCUUUCAUUAUCAAAUUUCACACAUAUAUCUAUCAGAGAAUGGAUCUGAAAAAGACAUAAUUGUGGGCUUAUACACUGAAUGGCAAUCCGCAGAUCAGCAGCUCUUCAUUAACUCCUCAAAAGUAAAAUGGAACAACAAACGCAAUCAGAUUCCAAGGUCUCAAUGCACAGAGAGUUGUUUUCCUGGAUAUAGGAAAAUGUCAAGGAUUGGAGGAGACAGCUGCUGUUAUGACUGUGUCCCAUGUGCAGAGGGAGAAAUAUCUAAUCAAUCUGACAGCGAGGAAUGCACCAAAUGUUUAGAAGAUGAAUGGCCCAAUGAAUGGAAGGAUCAGUGUAUUCCUAAAGUAGUGGAAUUUCUGUCUUACAAUAAUGAUGUCAUUUCAGCUGUUUACUCUUUUAUUUCACUUUUUCUCUUCCUUAUAACAAUCGUGGUAUUAGUAAUUUUUCAUUUAUUCAAGGACACUGCAAUUGUCAAAGCCAAUAAUAAGAAUCUCAGCUUCAUCCUCCUGGUCUCCAUCAUGCUGAGCUACCUCUGUGUAUUUCUGUUCCUCGGACGUCCUGUGGAUAUAACCUGCAUGCUGCGUCAAUCCACUUUUGCCAUCAUCUUCUCAAUCGCAAUUUCUUGUGUUUUGGGGAAGACUGCCAUGAUUUAUAUUGCUUUUAAAGCUUCUAAACCUGGCAGUCCUUGGAGAAAGUGGGUCAAUGUGAAAGUGUCCAAUUCAGUAGUUUUGCUUUUCUCAUCAAUUCAAAUUAUAAUUAAUAUUACAUGGCUGAUAAUCUUGCCUCCAUUUCAAGAGCUAGAUAAACAUUCUUUUCCAGGAAAGAUCAUUGUUCAGUGUAAUGAAGGUCCAGUUAUUGCCUUCUACUCUGUCCUGGGAUAUAUGGGGUUCCUGGCAGCUGUUAGCUUCAUUUUAGCUUUUCUAGCCAGGACAUUACCGGACAGUUUUAAUGAAGCCAAGUACAUCACCUUCAGCAUGCUGGUAUUCUGCAGUGUUUGGAUUGCAAUGAUCCCAGCCUAUCUGAGCACCAAAGGGAAAUACAUGGUGGCUGUAGAGAUAUUUGCCAUAUUGACCUCAAGUGUCGGACUUUUAGGAUGUAUAUUUUUCCCCAAAUGCUAUCUAAUAUUGUUUAGGCCAGAAAGGAAUACAAAAGCCUAUUUGCUUGGAUUGAGAACUAAAGUCAUGUAA